AUGAGGUAUGUAAUGGCGGGGGUGGCACUUGGAUCUCCCGUAAUUUGCGCCUCAAGAACCAUGGGUGCCACAACGACCAUCGACCAGAAAUACUCACCUGUCUCGGCCGCCGAUUGCUUCCAAGAGGCCCUGCUCGUCACCGUCGGACCAUCAAAGCUGUUCCGGGUCUACACCAACCCAGGAACGUCUCCAAUCGUCUUCGUCUUCCAUCAUGGUGCCGGCUAUUCCGCCCUCAGCGCCGCCUGUCUGGCCAAGGAGGUCCGCGACCAGGGCGAUGGCCGGUACGGCUUCUUAGGCUUUGACUGUCGAGCUCAUGGCGCCUCUCAGGUUGACUCUCAGGAUCGCACGCCGCCAGAUCUGUCCUUAUCCACCCUGGCAAACGACAUGACCGACCUCCUACGGACGAUCUUUCCCGAUAAGACACAUGCGCCAGGCUUCGUCCUCGUCGGUCACAGCAUGGGUGGAGCAGUGGUGACCGAGGCGUGUGCUGGGAUCCAAACUCAUGUCGGAAAAGUCCUCGGCCUGGUCAUCUUGGAUGUGGUCGAAGGCUCGGCCCUCAGCGCUUUGAUCAGCAUGAUGCCGCUCAUCAAUUCCCGUCCAUCAUCCUUCAGCUCGCAAGCGGAGUGUAUCAAAUACCAUUUGGAUUCGCAUACCAUUCGGAACCCCGCCUCAGCCCGGAUCUCCGUCUCCAGUCUGAUCCGCAAAGUUCACGCAAAUACGGCUCCGACUACGAGCGCACCGGAUCCAGAAGAACAAGCGUCUCCAGGAAGCGACCGAUUCGAAUGGAUCACCGACUUACGAAGUAGCCAGCCCUACUGGGAAGGUUGGUAUCGUGGGCUUUCAAGCAAGUUCCUCACCCAAAAAACCGCCCGUUUGCUGGUACUUGCAGGGACAGACCGGCUGGACAAGGAGCUGAUGAUCGGUCAGAUGCAAGGCAAGUACCAGCUCUCGGUCCUCCCUAACGUCGGUCACUGUGUCCACGAGGACGACCCGGCGAAACUCGCCGAGCUGCUCAUCGCCUUCGCCGACCGCAACGAUCACUCUUCCAGCGACGAAAUCCUCGCCCGGCUCGGCAAGAAACCCCUCCAGAAAAUCCCUCGCGCUUCACCCGCCCACGGCGCCGGCCCCUCUGUCCCUGUCCUUGCCCAGGAUCAAUAG